CAGACGACAACCGAAGCCUUCAUCCGCCGCAGAGAGAGAGACCUGCCGCAAAAAUCCACACAGAAAAAGCACAGGGGUUUCUUUCCUUCCUUCCUCCUCCCCCGUGACCCGCCGCCGCAGCGACGAUGAUGGACGGCAGCGCCGACCGCGACCGCGAAAACGGCGGCGGCAACUCGUUCGACGAGGCGGAGGCGGCCUUCUUCGGCCGCGGCGGAGGCCGCGGCUGCUGCUGCUUCUUCCCCUGCUGGCCCGCGCCCUCCUCCUCGUCCUCCUCGGCCGCGCACCAGCGCAUCGGCGGCGCGGCGGACGAGAAGGAGGAAGGCCCCCGCUGGUGGCGGGGCGCGGCGGACGCGGUGCUCAAGGUGCGGGAGUGGUCGGAGCUGGCGGCUGGCCCGCGCUGGAAGACCUUCAUCCGCCGCUUCGGCCGCGGCGGCGCAGCCGGGCAGCGGAACUUCGGCGGCGGACGCAAGCUCAACUACGACGCGCUCAGCUACGCCCUCAACUUCGAUGAGGGCCAUGGCGCCACUCCUGAGCCCGGCGGCGGCGACUACCAGUACCGCGACUUCUCCUCCCGCUUCGCGGCCCCGCCGACGGGCUCCUCCGCCAAGUCCUCCAUGGACCUCGGCGGCCGCGACGCCCCGCCGCUCUUCUUCAGCCCGCCGCCGCCCAUCAUCGAAGCCUGACCGCGUCGAAUCUCCCGCACCAGACCAGAUGAGAUAAGGUCAAAAUUCCAUCAGUUCAAAGGCGGCGAAAAGACGAUGGCCUUUUCCAUUGGGGAGCGCGUGUUCGAUCGGUGAGCGUCUGCGCGAGAUCGCCGUUUCCGUUGCUUUCUCAUCCUCCUCUGUUCCCUUAUUAGAUUGGUUCGUCACUGUACAAAAGGAAAGCGACUGUUACAUUCAUUCCUUGUCAUGAAACUCCGUCCAUGUUAUCACAAUUUUGUCCUCCGAUUGCAGAUGAGAAUCUCAAAAUUCUUUGCUUUUGACCAACAAA